GCAGCGUGGGAGUUAGUUCUGGUGAGGGCGCCAGCCAGCUCACUCGCUAAACUAACCCACUGUCCCAACCCUUCGAUCCUCCAUCCCUCGACCUUCGGCCAGCAAAGCAACAUCCACGGCCGCAACCUCCUUUUGCACGGACGUCGGUCGCCGCUGCGUUAUUUCGUGGUUCCACCUGUCCAGGACGAGCAACCGGCCGCCACCAGAGCCGUCAGAACCGUCGGAGCGAGCAAGCAAGCCAGCCAGCCAGCCAGCCAUCGGGCACCGUCGGCGAGCCAACCCCGGUCGGCUUCGAACGCAUCGCAUCGCACAAGGCAUCGCAUCGCGUCGCAUCGCAUCGCGUCGCGUUCCGACGAAACGCCGCGCGAGACACGCUCCGUGCCCGAAGUAUGCUCUCGGCCGUCAACGGGGGACACGCAAGACACGCUGCGAGACGCGGCUCAACGGAAUAAUCUUCGCGGCUGCCUAAAACAGACGGCGAUCCUCGUCGUCACAGUUUCGUCGUCGUCGUCGUCGUCGUCGUCACAGUUUCACCGUCGGACGAUCCGAGACAGCGGCCGGCAACAUGCUAACCGAUUAUGCGAACGCGAGAGAGAGAGGCGGCCAGCAGUCCUCGAGGAUCACGCCUCCGGGAUACGCUUCGCAGACGGGGCCAGGAAGAAGCCUAGGAGGCGGCUUCUUCAGCGUCGGCGUCGGUCAUCGGAAUCGAUCGAUCGCCGAUCCUCGCUCUGUGUUCGUCCGCGGUUUUUCCCCGCCCGCGUCCCUCUCGCCGCCGCAAACCAGCCUCUCUGCUCGGCUAACGAAAAGUCGGCCUAGAGUUGUGCCUUUCGCGCCCAGACGCGCGUCCACGAGGCUGUCCGAAGGCCGUCCGAAGGCUGACACCGAAGAGGCUGACACCGAAGGCUGUCCGAAGGAAGAGAGGCCGAUCGAUCGACGAACCCCCGGGGUGCGCGCCGUUCAUAUUUUUCGUGUCACGUCGUCGCCUGGCCUUGUCGCGGCGGUGAACGGUGAACGUUUCCCAUAUGAUGGCAGUGUGCGUGUUCUGGCUGCUCACGUACGUGGGACAGGGCCUGGACCUGGCGGUCGGGAACCGGCCGAUGAUCGUGAUGCAGGGCGCGCAGGAGCACGACUACCGGCACGGGAGCAGCAUCCGGAAGAAGAACGAGCUGAACGCGGUCGGCAAUAACCUGUUGCACCUGAGGAUAUACCCGUCGGAGGCGUCGCACCGCGACGAGCUCUCGAACUGGCUGCUGGUGAACGAGGAGCCGAGGAUCUCCUCGUGGACGCCGGCCGGGAUACUGAUCGACGACAUGAUCAAGGAGCCCAGGGAGCUGCAGACGGUCUUCUUCGCCCUGUCGCCGGCCAUGUUGAACGUUCUGUAUUCGGACUCGGCCACCGGCAGCCAGCACCAGCCGGACCAGCUUCCGGAGGAGCAGCCGAGCCAUCUCGGCGGUCAGCAACGCGGCAAGAAGCUGCGGAUCGACUGCCGACACUCGAGGAACACCGUCAGCCUGCCGAUCAGGGUCUGCGACGACGAGCUCGGCCGGAAGAGCCUGCACGAGACCAGACAAUCGAACUACGACGAGCUGUUCGAACAGAAACGGAACGCCGCCGCGGCCGCCGCCGUCGCGAACUUGAAGACUGACCCGGUGAACAGGGCGGAGAAGAUCAGGGAGUAUCAGGGGAGCAACGGUUUCGCCGGCAGGCCGUUCGCCAUCGAUGGCAACAAGCUGCCUGGGAAGAGGAGCCAGCUGGCCGAUGUUGGACGACGCGCCGGCAUCGACAUUCCUGCUGAGCCCGCCAACCACCAAGCUCAACCGCCGGCGCCUCAUGGGAACGGCAUCAGCAUCGCGCCCCAACUUCUGCUCAGGUCAACCAGGGGAAGCAUACAGUACGACAUACCGCAGAUACAGUGUCCGUUUUCCGACGACGGGAUGGAAAGGUUCGCGUGUCCGAACCCGGACAGAUUUGGUAGAUAUCACUGCAUCGAUGAUCACGCCUUGUGCGACGGUUUCUUAGACUGCCCUUCAGGCGAGGACGAGGACUUGCAAGCCUGCAUGUUUUACAAAACCACGAAAGCUCACCUUGACGUAUUGGCAGAUGCCAUUCUGCGAUGGGCAAGAGGACGCUAAUUCCUUUGUUGACGAUGAACCUCUGACCUAUGUAUAAAAUCAUAAGUCUGA